ACUCCACCAUUUUCAGACCACUGCGCACGGUGUACUUAAUCUGCACAAUAUGGAGACGAACGACAUUGAGUGGGAAGCCGAGGAAGGAAUUCCCCAUGCCGAUGAUCCUUUCAUCCAACAAUACCUGCGGGGUCGGAAUUCGCUCAUCCUGGAGGAGCAAAAGCAGCGACAUGAUUUCAACCUCUCCAAGGCUCUGCCGCCUCUGGCUGCUAGAGCUUGCAAGAUUGUUUCCAAGAUUCGCGAUCGGGAACUACACCAACUGUAUUCGCCAGGUUCAGAUGAACGGAAUGCUCAACUUUCUAUGGGCAUGCCGAUACACCCAGGUGUCAUGUCACUAGAUUGGAAUGAGGUAGAGAAGACCGAUUUGUGGAAAAUUGUCAAGCACAUGCCUAAAGGAUCUCUUUUGCAUGCGCCGUUUCAUGCUGCAAUCAAACCUGAUUUUCUAAACGAGUUGGCGUUCUCUACUCCGGGCAUUUGUGUCUAUGCGACACGCCCUUUGAUAUCUCAGGGUGAUUUGAAUGAGGCGCCAUUCUUCUUCCAGUACUCAUCGGCUUCGACGAAGGAUACAGAAGCCAGACCUACCAUAUGGUCAGCUUCAUACAAGCUCUCAAGCCUCAUCCCAAUAUCAAAGGCGGCCUCUUCUUUCCCGAGUGGGGGAGAAACCGGGUUCCGUACGUGGCUGCAGAGCCGCUUUCACUCCGUGGCAGGCUGUUCGGAUCACCAUAGCCGUGCAAUGCCCCUCGUCAAUUCUCUCCUGAGCUAUGAGCCUAUAUUGCGUGCAUGUCUGUACCAUGUCUUCUCUCAUCUGGUCGGCGACGGGAUCAGAUACGCGGAAUUCAGAACCACCUUUAACUUCCCUUAUCGCAAGGAAGGAAAGGAUAUCCCGGAGGAUGAUUAUAGCGAAUGGUGCCAUGUGUUUCAGGAAGAGCUAGCAAAAUUUCAGAAAACUGACGAGGGGAGGAAACUUUACGGAGCUCGCAUUAUAUGGACCAGUCUGCGCUCAUUGCCAAAGCGAGAGAUUGUUGAGAGUAUGAAAAAUUGCAUCCUGGCAAAGUAUGAUUAUCCAGAUACGAUUUGCGGGUUUGACAUAAUAGGGGACAAGAGUAAUGAGAAGCCGCUCACUGAUCUGGUCCCCAUAUUAUUCUGGUUUCGCAAAGAGUGUUCUGCGGAGGGACUCGAAAUCCCGUUCUUUUUCCAUGCUGGUGAAUCUCUGAAAACUGGGGGCCAGGCAGAUCAAGGGUUAUUCGAUGCCAUAUUGCUUGGGUCGCGGAGAAUAUGCCAAGGGCUUUCGCUCUGUCAGCACCCUUUAGCGAUCGAGAUGGUCAAAGAAAAGAAGAUACUGAUUGAAUGCAGCCCGAUCUCAGAUGAGAUGCUUGGACUCACAGACAGCAUCCAGACCCAUCCUCUGCCCGCCUUGUUAUCCCGUGGCGUUCCCGUCUGUCUAGGUGCCAGUGCGCUGGGCUUGUCCGGGGGUAGGACAACCGGAUUGACACGGCAGUUUUGGCGAGCAGUUCAAGGACUUGACAGUAUGGGUCUUACAGGCCUCGCAAUGAUGGUGGAGAACUCCAUCCGGUGGAGCUGCUACCAAGAUCAGCCCACGGCGGAGUGGCUGUCCGAUCUGCGGGAAGGGAUCUUGGGGGAAGGGACGAGGGCUAGCCGUUUGCAGGAAUGGUAUGCAGACUUUGAGAGCUUCUGCCAGUGGGUUACGGUGGAAUUUGCGGAGGCGGAAGUCGACGAACCAAUUUGACUUGAACCCAUCGAGGUUCAUGCACAUACCGACCGAAUAAUCCCUUUUCCACUGCAGGGAAAGGGGGAAUGGAGAGCGCGUGCUUAAUUAUGUAACCAACGGCAUGCCGAGAUGAGUCAGGAGAUGCUAGUGAGUUAUUAGAACUAAUAUGCAACACAUCAACGGUUUCAGCCUUUCAGGAGGGGACCUUUGGUCACAGCAGUUACAUACUAUGUAAUACGAGGUGGUAGGUACUGCGACGUGUUAGUCGUCGAU